AGAAGCCUCCAGAUGUGACCAAAUCUCGCAAAUUGAAGACAGAGCAUCUGCUCAAAGUCGACGAUCAUGACUUCACUAUGAGGCCGGCGUUUGGAGGUCCUGCGAUCCCCGUUGGAGUGGAUGUUCAGGUGGAGAGCUUGGACAGUAUCUCUGAGGUGGACAUGGACUUCACCAUGACUCUGUACCUGCGGCAUUACUGGAAGGACGAGCGCCUAUCCUUCACCAGCAGCACCAACAAGAGCAUGACGUUUGACGGACGCCUGGUGAAGAAGAUCUGGGUCCCUGACGUCUUCUUCGUCCACUCCAAGAGGUCGUUCAUCCACGACACCACCACCGACAACAUCAUGCUGCGAGUGUUUCCUGAUGGACAUGUCCUCUACAGCCUCAGAGUGACGGUGACGGCGGCAUGUAACAUGGACUUCAGCCGCUUCCCUCUGGACUCUCAGACGUGCUCGCUGGAGCUGGAGAGCUACGCCUACACGGAUGAGGACUUGAUGCUCUACUGGAAGAGCGGAGACGAGUCCCUCAGCACGGACGAUCGCAUCUCUUUAUCGCAGUUUCUCAUCCAGAAGUUCCACACCACGUCUCGGCUGGCUUUCUACAGCAGCACAGGCUGGUACAAUCGCCUCUACAUCAACUUCACACUGCGACGCCACAUCUUCUUCUUCCUGCUGCAGACAUAUUUCCCCGCCACGCUCAUGGUGAUGCUUUCCUGGGUGUCGUUCUGGAUUGACCGGCGAGCGGUGCCAGCCAGGGUCUCCCUGGGCAUCACCACCGUGCUGACCAUGUCCACCAUCAUCACCGGAGUGAACGCCUCCAUGCCUCGGGUGUCUUACAUCAAAGCCGUGGACAUUUACCUGUGGGUCAGCUUCGUCUUCGUCUUCUUGUCGGUGUUGGAGUACGCCGCUGUCAACUACCUGUCCACUGUGCAGGACCGGCGGGAGCGUAAGCUGAGGGAGCGGGCGCGAUCGCAGUCCCUGCCCUGCACCUGUGGGAUCUCCCAAACACGGACCAUGACCAUGUUGGACGGUACUUACAGCGAGGCUGACACCAACAGCCUGGCCGGCUACACGGAGGAGCCGAUGCCGGAGGAAGAGCAGGAGGAGCUUCACGAGGUUCCUGAGAAACCGGAGCACAUGGUGGUGCAUCUAUCAGUGAGCAGCGAGUCCACCAACACGAAGAAGAAGAAGAGCUUGCGUGCACUCAACAUCAUCCAGAACACACAUGCUAUUGACAAAUACUCACGGAUGAUUUUCCCUGGCUCCUACAUCUUCUUUAACUUGAUCUACUGGUCCGUCUACUGCUGAGAGACGAUCUGAUCCAGACGGUGGCCAGAGGGAUUAUCACUGUUUUUAUGCUGCAUCAACGUGGGAUUCUUCUGGGUUUCUGAAAGGGGUGCUGUCUGUCUGGGGACGGUAUAUCAUUGGGUUUAAAGCUUAGGCAGAACCAUAGGGGAUUCAGCGCUGAGACUUUGGGAUUAAUGAAGCUCUUUUAUUGUUUUGUUUCGUCCUCAUGCAGCAAUUUGAAUGUUCUUUAGCGUAUUUAUUUCAAACUGAACAGAAAUCAUUUGGAUGGUGUAUUUCAGCUAGCUCUAGUCGUCACAGGGUGUUUCCACACCUACAGAUCGUUGCUUUGUUUCUCCCUUGGUCUUGGCCUGUUCUGUAUUGACACUGAAAUAUAGUCAAGAUUGCCAAAGCACACUGCAAUACAGGGCUGUCCUUACACCGUCACAUCACAGCCUGCUUUUCUACUGCAUGGGUCAACAAAUCCCAUGUGUUCUGGUCGCACUCUUCAAACUGGGAUGGCUUCAGAGCACUAGUUAGCAAAUUAGUUAACCAUAACCGAGGAGGUCAAAUCUCAUCACCAUCAUCAUCACCACUCACAAAAAUACUCAAAAAACUUCUGUAGCAGCGCAUGAAUGAGAGGGGUUAACGCUCUGCUGGGUUCAGGCCUGUUUCAGACUGGGUGUGUGGUGGCUGCGUGACAGCUUAAGUUUGUCACAAGUCAGGGCUUUCUGAUUGCCUGGGUGAAUGCUAUGUCUUGCACCAAGAAUCUAAAGAAUACAGAGUAGAGGGCUGCAUUGGGAUUGGGUCCCACCAGGUCCCAUGGGACCCAACACAUAUCCCACGGGAGCCGGCAGUUUGAACUUAGCUGCGGGUGGGAAUUGGCGGCUGAAAAAAACACUGGGGGAUCAGGAUGUAGCCUAGCGACAGGAUGAUGGAGUCAACAAAUGAUGUAGAAAAGAAGCUCAAACAAGGUCUAUACAACAAAAAAAGAAAACAAGGCAAGUCUGGCAAGUUUUGUUUCUGCAGACAAGCUCUGAUGGAAUGACAGAUUAAUAUCUACUAAUGAAUACUAAAUGGCAAGACAAGUACAGUUUCAUAAAUAAUUAUUUCAACUGAAAAAGCGGGGUUUUGUGUUGUGAAAGGUAGUAAUGUUUAUGCUGAGAAUGGCUAAAUAAGCUGUCUCUGGUGCUGAAACGUGGCAGAUUUGACUGACAGCUGCCGCUCAGAGAGAGAGUGAGGGAGAGAGAUGCUCUCCGUCGAUGGGCUAUUGUAGGUGCAUGAAUCUCUAUUAAUAUCCUAUAAAAUGACGUGUUUUCUCCUGCGGGACGGGAGAAGACACAAAAUCAAUACAUCUCUAUUAUUGUGCGGGCAUGGAUUCUCAGGGUUUUGCGGGUGCGGGCGGGAGUGGACAUACACAUUGCGGGUGCGGGUGGGGGUGUGACACACACGUUGCGGGUGCAGGCGGGAGUAAAACACACACGUUACGGGUGCUGGUAAUGGUCAGAAAUUCAGUGGGAGCGGGCAGGAGUGGGAUGAAGAAAACAGUCCCGUGCAGGGCUCUGAUACAGAGUUCUCAAUACUUUGAGCUGCAACACCAGGCAUUUCUUCGAAGCGACACAUGCUUACAUCAACCGAAAACCACAGAAAAACAGAUAAUAAUUCAAAUUCAAAGUUUCUGUCCUGUUGGACCCUUCCACAGCACAGUGACACCAUUUAAAUCACCAGAAAAGUCCCAGCCAGAACUUAGCUUAGAUGCUGUUUGCGUCUCGGUAUAUCUAAAACAGAGGAUGAUCCUUUUUUCUUAUACAGCAGACAGUUUAAUAUAUUACCCAUGUGUUUGGGUCAAUAAUGCUAAUAAUGGGAAGUGAAGGGCAAGAAAUGAUUUGUCAUUAAAGCAUCUUUGUUUAGAGCUAAUUAGCUAAAAUGAGCUAUUUCAUGUUAUCUAAUGAUAUUGUGAGGACCACUGACAGCAGUCAGUCAGUGUUCUGGUGCUGUUGGUUAUGACAAUUAUAUUUUUAACAAAGAGAAAAAAAUCCACCACACACUGAAAUAGACUUUACUAAAACUUCUUUAUGAGCGAACAAUACGUUUCACCUCUAGUUUCGCUGGUUGGCUCAUGAUAAAGUUUAAGUCUAUUCAGAUUGCAUGUGAUGAUUUGUAAUAGUCAGGAGUUUGUAGAGGACCCAGGAGCAGAGCUGGAGACAGAGAAGCAGUUUUAAAGGUUUUAUUAGAGGACACAGGAGUGAGCGAGGGAUCCAGUGAGACGUUAGGGCUUGAGGUGUGAGGAGAGGUGGUGGAGGCUGGAGAGUGAGUCCCGUGAGAGAGUGUGGCAGCGUGGCAGUGGUUGGGCAGAGCACUGAUGGCACGUGGAGGCACUGGAAGAGUCGAGGAGAGAUCAGGUUAGUCAAAGCACAGGAGCACUCUUGCAAUAAUGUUUCUCAAAUAAGUGUGAGAGUCUCAAGAGGGCCAAGAUACCACUGGUAGAGUGGUAAUAAUCUGGCGCUGGAGUUGUCUCAGAGCGAGGCUUAAGUGAGUGUAGUGAUUGCUGUGAUUACGUGCAGGUGCAAAGGUGCCGGUGACAAUCAGUGCUGGUGCGCGCCAAACCUCCGUGAAGAGAACAGAAAAAACUCUCGGCAGGAAAUAGUCCACAGGAACUAGUCAAAAUAAAACUGAAAAAUGUGCAAUCACCACAUGUAGUAUUUUUUUCUCUUGGUUCACUUUGGACCUGCUACUGACCGGCACCUGACUACCUGGGCUGUGCACGGGGAUCUCUGUUUAACAGUUAUAUUUUGAUCGAGUUAACAUAAUAUUUGAUGGAUUAGGAGAAGUCCAUUCAGUACUAUUGUACCGUUUCCUUAAGCAGUGUUUCCCAACAUUUUUUCUUGGAGCCCCCAUAGACCUGCAUAAAUAGAAAACUGAUGCAUUGUUGUCAAAAAUCCCUAAUGAAUUUACUUUUUGCCUUGACAAACCCUAACAAAAUAGGUCUACACAGGGGUUUAAGUUUAAACCACUUAGUAAGUGUUUUACACUGAUUUUAGUUCAUAUGUGGAAAUCUAGUUUUUAACUUUACUUACUGGUAUUUUUGAUUUAUUGAAAAAGUUUAUUUUUUUUAUCAGUGGUAGUACAAAUGUUCUCACUGAGGUAAAAGUGAUGAAGAAAGACAGGGCUGUGACAGCAGGGAGCCAACACACCGGAGCAGAAACGGGACGCAGCGGUCAUUCAGCCAACAUACACCCAGUCUGAAACAGCUGUUAUGGUUUAAAGAGAGGCCUUGUUAUGAUGACUGUGAGUUUAAUGUCUUUGAGAUUGUUUACAUCAGCUGUUGAAAAUGAAGGUCUUCAUGAACAUUUCUAUGUUUAUUUUUCUUUAAAACAUAUCCAAUGAGUUAAUUUUGAUAUGAAACAAACAGAGACAUUGGUGAGCACUCGUCCCAUUUUCAACAUCUGUUGUAACUACGAUCUACUUCCUGUGGAUUUUAUGAAGUACAGGAGAGGUUUGGUGAGUAAGUGUGGGAACAAAGCUUCGCCAAAAGAUGGCGCUAUUUCCUCCUGGCUUUCGAUAUGGUAACUGUCUAGAUCACCACAGUAGCUUCUAUUAGUCCUGUACGAUGAAGUCCCAGACCACCUCUGCUUGCUUGUUGGGUAUUUUGUUCAUGUCACAACAAACCAGGCCAAGAGGAAAACAUCUCUUUGUUUCAGGACAAAUGAUAAAGUGUGAAAACACCCUCAGUCUUAUUGGCUUUUAUUGCUAUUCUUGAAAGUUUUUGUUCUUGAAAUAAGGAGAGUCUUGUCGGGGGAAAUCUUCACGAUGCUGGAGUUAAACCACUGUUUAAUGGGAAGAAGGAGUGUUUUCAACUUUCAGCCAACAAGAAGUUCCAAAACUGUUUGCACCAAGCAGCAACCUCUGGUGAAGAAAAAUGAUGCAAAAGUGCAACAACCUGCAGUUCCCCCAGUGUCCACUAGAGGCUGGCUUUAAAAGUCAAGGAAUCCCCAUUAGGUCCCAAACUAAAAGUCAACUUUUUACCAUAGAAAUAAACAUGUUUACAGUCUGGUAUUUAAGAAAAAAAGGUAUUGUUGUUCAUCAAUUGUCACAUCAUUCACACACUACUCUAAGUGGAUGUAAUGCUCCGAACUGUUUGCUUUUUGCUAGUAAACAACAAAGAAGAAGCAGAACACACAAAGAAGAAAGGAUACAUUCAAUAACUAGCAAGACUAGCGAGAAGACACAUCUGCUUUCUCCCCCUCCUCAGCUUCUCUGUUGUUUUUAAAAAGCCUCUGGAUGCUGGAUGUGAAAGCAAAGAGGGCUGAAGACAUUACAGAUGCUAAAACAUUGUAGAGGCUAAGAGUGGAUGUAGGGCAGUACAGGUGCCCAGUUUCAAGCCUCGCCACAAUGUCCCUCGGUGUGUUUACGCCAAACAGUUGGCGGUCCGUUCCUGGCUCAUGCCAGCUUGGGUAACCCCCCUUAAAUCUGCUGUUAUUUAACAACUGUGACCACAUGUGAUUUAGAACUGCUGCUGGUGCUGGAUGAAGUUUGGGCCAUCACAGCUACGUUUUUUCAGAAAAAAGUCCCAAGGAUAUUUGAAAAACCAAAAAUGUGAAAUCCAAGGUAAUACUUAAGUCAACAAACCUUUGGGACAAAUAAAUGCUGAGAAUUUGAUGACAAUCCAUCAAGUCUGAACCAAAGCAAACUUUCCCUAGAGUCCCAGUACAACUGAGAAUCAAGCAUUUCAUUAUGACGGCGUUUACGUGUCUGUCAGAGAGAAACGAGCAUCUGAUACUUCAAGCUCUAUCAAAGCAGUUUUCAUGCCCGAAUUUCUACUUUCAUCAUUUUUAUUCAACGAUUGACUGUUAUACAACAAUCAAACAACAAUUUUAACUCAAGACUUGUCAAAAUUAAAAUGUAAGGUAACUGUGAACAAAUGUGGUUUUCUUAUACUUUUUUUUUUUUAAUCAAAGCUUUUAAAAGCUCCACAAAAGUUUGAUGAUGAGUCCCCUGUUUGCAGAUGAUGUUUUGUCAGAGAACUCCAGAUGGGGGGCAGGAAGUGAUUUCUGAAGUGCUAUGACAUUGUAAAAGUUUUGUGUUGUUUCAGCUGUGUCUACCUGUCAGACUGGAAAGACAAUCUUGAGCUACUUUCAAGCCCUGAAAUUUGUUAAACAUUAAGAAAAAAGUAAAAAACCUUUAAGGAGAAACGCAGAGUAAAAACCCAAAUCUAAAGUCAGACAGUGCUCAUAUACAGUCUGUUUCCACCAAGCGGUCCAGUCUGGUUCAGUCCAGUAUGUCACAGUGAACUGUGAUCUUGCUUGUGUUUCCAUCCAGACUCAUUCAUGUCAGGGAAAAUCUGUCUCUCUUUAGAGAUGUGGAUCACAUGGCUCAGCUCAGUAAUAAGAGCCAGGCUCUUUAUUUGGUACCAGUUUGGUGUUCUGAAUGUGGAUUAAUUAAUGUUAAAAAGGAACAAAAGAAACUGGAACUUAAACAGACACUAACUCUUGUUCAUAAAAGAGCCUGCUUGUUUGCAAAUGAAACAUCUCUUUCCUUACAAGGUUUAUUUUCAUAAUAGUUCAUCAGCAAUCCCGGUGAAAACGAGGGAGAAAAGCUGUUAAAGACCCUGUAAAGUGAAUCCAAAGUUUGUCUAAACACUCUAGAAAUGUUGGAAUCUGGUUGCUGUAAACAUGUGAAAACACUGAGAUCUACAUGUGACUUAAUUCUGGAUUUAGACAGUUGGAAAGUUUUUUGACUCUUUCCUGGCCCCGCCCCCUAACACGGCAAUAUAAAGCCACAGAGCAGUUCAUGUCAGUCCAGUCUGUUGUUAGCUGAUGUCACUGCCUUUAUUGAAAGUUAACAGUCAGUUAAAUCCUGUUUUUUGUUCAUCGUGAGGUAAAUUUACCAAAUCUG